AUGAAAACUCUGGCGAGUGAUAUAUCCGAUAUAGAACACCACGUGGAAAAAUAUGGAACCGAAUCACUAAGAGAACGUGACGAAUGGGGCUACACGCCAGCCCAUUGGGCUGCUUUGGAUGGUAACGUCGAAAUUAUGCGCUACAUAGUCGAUAGAGGGGCCGCCAUAGACCUGCCCUGUUUGGGCACCCAGGGCCCGCGCCCCAUACACUGGGCAUGCCGAAAAGGCCACGCAGCAGUCGUGCAAGUUUUGUUGCAAGCCGGUGUAGCUGUCAAUGCUGCGGAUUUUAAAGGCCUAACUCCCUUAAUGACCGCUUGCAUGUUUGGUCGAACUGCCACAGCAGCUUAUCUGUUAGGUAUGGGAGCUUUAAACCACCUUCUAGACAUCAAUGGUGAUACGGCAAUGCAUUGGGCAGCUUACAAGGGUCAUGCCGAUUUAAUAAAACUCCUGAUGUACUCAGGGGCAAAUCUCCAAAAACCUGACCAUUUUGGAUCCACCCCUUUGCAUCUAGCUUGCCUAUCAGGCAGUGUAACCUGUGUUAAACUUCUUUGCGAAAAAAGUAAUGUAGACCUAGAACCUCUAGACAAAAACGACAAGACUCCUCUCAUGCUAGCUCAAAGUCACAGGCAUGGAGACAUAGUGGAGUUGCUGCAGUCAGAAAUAAAAAAAAGAUCAAGUUGGUUCCCACCAAUGAACGAAGUCUGGGGUUUAUUUUUCGGAAAAGCUGACAACUCCAAAGCACCCUUAUUGUUUUUUAUGUGCUCUGUCUUGCUGUGGGGAUAUCCAAUGUAUAUUAUAAGGUGUAUUCCUAUCACCUGGACAGUACUACGUGGUUCGCACUACUGCUUCAUCUAUUGGAACAUCGUAAUGUGGGUAUGCUGGCUGAUAGCCAACAGAAAAAACCCUGGUUAUAUACCAAUGAAUUCCGAAUCAUACUACAGAGCAAUAAAGCAAAUACCUUACUUCGACAAAUGGAAAAAACGUAACGCCUUGCUGAACCGCCUUUGCCAUACAUGUCGAUGUCUAAGACCAUUAAGAGCAAAACAUUGCAGAAUAUGCAAUAGAUGUGUGUCUUACUUUGAUCACCACUGUCCUUUUAUCUAUAACUGCGUUGGGUUGCGUAAUAGAACGUGGUUUUUUCUAUUCGUGAUGAGUAUAGCUAUCAACUGCAGUUUCACCAUAUAUUUUGCCACGUAUUGUAUCACCAUAGAAGGUUUUGGAAUAUGGUAUAUAUUGGGGCUUCUAGAAGCUUUUGUCUUCUCUGGGUUGGGAUGGAUUUUGACCUGCACAUCAGUUCUCCAUGCUUGUAUGAAUCUGACAACAAACGAAAUGUUCAACUAUAAAAGAUACACUUAUCUAAGAGAUAAAAGAGGAAAAUACUUUAAUCCAUUUUCAAGAGGCCCCAUACUCAACCUGGUAGAAUUCUUCUUUUGCACCCCUGAGGAUUACGAGGACGAUUUUGGUUACGAAUACAUAUGAUAUAGAAAAAAUAGUAAUAAAUCACCCAAAUAGCUUCCUAUUACACAUGGACAGCCUUAUUGCCUUUAAUUGCUGUGAUAAAAAAACCUAACUUUGCUUGAAAAUGUCCAUGAUUUUCACACAGUAUUACUUUUUUCACUUCAAAAGUGUAACGUUUUUUGCAAUGCAAAAUAAGUUUGUUAUAUUAACUAACGUGUUUUUGUAUUCAGGCUUAGAGCUAAAGGUUUUUACAUUAAGAGAUGGAUUUCUGAAAUUUGCGACUAAACUUUCUAUAGAAAAUGAUACUUAUGGAACCAAUCAGACCACGGCAUUUUCUAUCGCACCAAGUGUGCUGUGGAGAAUACCGUGCUCUAUACAGAUUAUUUGUUAUAAAAAGUAAAGUCGCAAAUUUUAAGAACAAGUUUAAAAUACAACAGCUCUUAAUAUCAUA